AUGAGUCUGAAAUGCCUCGCUGCUCUUAUACCGUUCAUAUGUUUCACACAUGUAUCUUCCAAAAAAAUUCCGCUAGUCAUCGGCGGAGUGUUCGACAUCGACACAAAGCCUGGAGAUGAAAACUCUGCAAGUAUGAUCCCUAUUGUGCGCAUGGCCAUAAAACAUGUGAACUCCUGUCCCAAAACACUGGUGGACUAUGAACUACAAAUGGAAGUGAAAGAUGUCAAGUGUCAAGACUCCGAUGCAAUCUACGCGUUCACUGAAUUCAUUCGAGAGGAAAAGAGGAAAAUCAUGAUCUUGGGACCAGGUUGUUCCAAAUCAGCAGAACCAUUCGCUAAGGCUGCUCCUUUCUACAACUUGGUUCAAGUGGCCAUGGCAGCCGUAAACCCAGCCCUAUCGUGCGCGAAGAUCUUCCCUACCUUUAUGCGCACCAUACCACCAGAGCAUUUUCAAAACCAAGGAAGAGUGGCGAUAGUGAAACAUUUCAAGUGGAGGAGAGUGGCCAUAAUGCGAGAGAAUAUGGACACAUACCAAGGACUUUCCAACGAUUUGAUAAAAAGGUUGAAAAAGGCCGGGAUACAGUUAGCCAGUGACCAGGCUUUUACUGGUAACGCUGAAUUACAGAUAGAAGCUCUACAGAAAAACGACUUGCGAAUAAUUUUUGGCAUGUUCUCAGAGAAGGCCGCAAGAAAGGUUAUUUGCACGGCUUUUAAGAAGGGGUUUUAUGGUUCUAAAGUCGUAUGGAUUCUGAUGGCCGGUGGGUAUAAAGAACAAUGGUGGGGUUACAAUGAUGUUAAUUGCACCAAAGAGGAACUUUGCAAGGCGCUUGGAAACUUCUUAAGUACCGAGGCGUUGAUGAUUGGAAAAGAUAAUCAGGAUACGAUUGCCGGAAAGAACAUUGAAGAACUCAGAGUUGAGUACAAAACCGAGCUGGCUAAGACUCCUUACAAAGAGCCUAGCCGCCAUGCCGCCUUUGCUUAUGACGCGGUCUGGACCAUAGCACUUACUUUGAACGAGUCAAUCUCCGCACUUCAACAACAAAACGAAACUAGAAACAUGUCAUUGGAAGAUUUCGACUACACAAAUACUGCUAUGAGGAAGACAUUCAUGAAGAUUGCAAAAGGGUUAUCGUUUCAGGGAAUGUCUGGCUUGGUACAAUUUUACAAGAACUCUGACAGGCUCAGCUUGCUUAACAUUGAUCAGCGUCAACGUGGUGUGAUGAAACGAAUUGGAACUUACGACAUGAAAAGGAAACUCAUCGUCGUCGAUAGGAGCCAAACGGCGCUGUGGGAAGCUGAAAAGGUUCCAGCCUGCACGAUUAAAAAAAUCUUUGUUCCGCGGUACCUUCCAAAGAGCAUGGUAUUUGCCAUGGAUGGAUUGUGCGCACUUGGCAUCAUCUUUGCUGCAGGGCUCUUCUUCUUCAACGUUAAGUACCGAGCUGUCAGGCAUAUUCGAAUGUCUAGCCCGAAUAUGAAUAACAUCAUCAUUGUGGGAUGUGUUUUGAUUUACGUUUCUGGAAUCCUUUUCGGCAUUGACACUGAAAUCGUCUCAAAGAAGACUCACGAGAGAGUGUGUCAGACUAGCGCCUGGACGGCAUCAUUUGGAUUUACCAUGGCUUUUGGCGCUCUAUUCUCGAAAACAUGGAGGAUUCAUCGCAUUUUUAUGAACAAACUUAAGAAAACGGUUAUUCAAGAUUACCAGCUGAUUAUUGUAGUAAUUCUUCUCCUGAUGAUCGAUGCAUGUAUCCUUUCCACCUGGCAAAUAUUGGAUCCCAUGCAUACGACAUCUAAGACCUUCCCAAGGAUGAUUGACCAAGACGCCGACAUUGCCCUCUACCCAUACCAGACCCUCUGCACUUCAAAAUAUGAAAGCCUGUGGACAGGCUUGCUGUAUGGUUACAAAGGCUUUCUUCUCCUAUUUUGCACAUACUUGGCAUGGGAAACUCGAAAAGUCCACAUACCAGCGCUGAAUGACUCCAAACAAAUCGGCUUUGCUGUGUACAAUGUGUUCAUUCCUUGUGUCAUUAUCAUUCCGAUACUCAACCUACUAAGCAACCGCAGUGAUGCAGUGUACUUGUUGAGCACUUUACUGUGCAUAUUCUGUACCACGAUCACACAGUGCCUGAUCUUCGUUCCAAAGAUUUCUACGAUGAAACGCACAAAUGGUGACCCCUCCAAUUCCAAGAAUGGCUCAUUCUCUACUGGCAGCUCUGUUAGCAGCAAAAUUUAUCCAUCACUUAAAGCAAACAGCCUUAAUAAUAAUGCAGAGAAAUAA